AGCAGAAAGAAAGAUUGGUGUUUGGUAGCUGGUAGCCUGGUAAUCUCAUCUGAAAGAUCAUAAGAUUAGUAAUGGCGGCAGUUACAAAUGAAGCAGCAGCAGCAGCAGCAAGUAUUGAAGGAAGCGCUACAGAAACAAUAGAGAAGCCGCUGCCGCAUAAGCUUGAGAGAAAAUGGACCUUUUGGUUCGAUAACCAAUCCAAACCUAAUCAAGGCGCCGCCUGGGGCACUUCUCUCCGCAAGAUUUUCUCUUUUGAUACCGUCGAAGAAUUCUGGUGUUUGUAUGAGCAGAUAUUCAAGCCAAGCAAGCUGCCUGUAAAUGCUGAUUUCCAUUUAUUUAGAGCUGGGAUUGAACCCAAAUGGGAAGAUCCAGUCUGUGCUACUGGAGGCAAAUGGUCUGUUACCUCCAGCGGAAAGGCCAACUUGGACACCAUGUGGCUUGAAACUUUGAUGGCAUUGAUCGGGGAGCAAUUCGAUGAAGCUGAUGAGAUUUGUGGCGUGGUUGCAAGUGUGCGCCGCCAGAGGCAGGAUAAACUUGCUUUGUGGACUAAAACUGCCGCAAAUGAGGCUGUGCAGAUGAGCAUUGGCAGGAAGUGGAAGGAGGUCAUUGAUGUCACUAAUAAGAUCACCUACAGCUUCCAUGAUGAUUCCAAGAGAGAAAGAAAUGCCAAAAGCCGUUACAAUGUGUAAGCACUCCAUGACGGUGGUUUCUUUAGCUUGGUUCCACACCGAGAAGUGAAAUGUAUUUUUGAUCUGAUUAGUCCUUAAUGGAUGUAUCGUGAUGAUGCUCCUUUAAUUUUGGUAUUAGAUAAGAUUGAGCUUGUGAAAGUCUUGUAGUUUCUACUUUCUACCACCAGCAAUCUGUACUGUUGAGAUAUAUUGUUGUUCCCAAUACACUUGGCAGAAAAAAAAGGUCACUUCUACA